AUGACAUCGACAUAGUCCACAUUUCCGAGAAACUUCAGUGUGUUUGACGCGCAUUUAAUUAUGCACACACAAAAGCCUUCUCGUGAGGGACGAGGAACCUGCUAAGCAGGAUCCACUUCUAUGCAAUGAUUGCUGCGCAUGCGCAAUGUUUGAUUCAUUUAAAGCAAUGGAUGCAGUAAUUCGCCUGGACUAAUAGACAAAGGAUCUGAACGGCGCAUUUCACCUGUAAAUCAUGUACUCUCCGGCAGCCGAUACGGGAGUGACGGUGGUUGAGAAGGAUGCGGCUCUGAGCAGCGCGUACUCACCUGUGGACUACAUGAGCAUCACCAGCUUCCCUAGACUACCAGAAGAUGAAGUUUCAGCCGACAACAUCCUCAAAUCACGCAAAGACAAUGAUAACUUCCUCAGCGAGCAGGACACAGACCCCGAUCUGUUCCUGAAGACGGCCCGACUGCAGCAGCUGCCCUCCUCUGCCUCAGACUUGGCCAGUCAGGAUAUCUCUCCUCUGAGAGAGACCAGCAGAGACCCGCUGGCACAGGACUGCGCCUGCACACGUGACGGGCUGACCGUCAUCAUCACGGCCUGCCUGACCUUCGCCACGGGAGUCACCGUGGCCCUCAUCAUGCAGAUCUACUUUGGAGACCCACAGGUGUAUAAUCAAGGCGCGGUGGUGACAGAUGUGGCCCGCUGCACGUCUCUGGGCUUUGACGUUUUGGGCAAACAGGGGUCCAGUGUUGAUGCUGCUAUAGCUGCUUCCCUCUGUCUGGGCAUCAUCCAUCCCCACACCUCGGGCAUCGGCGGUGGUGGCGUGAUGCUGGUCCAUGACAUCCGCAGGAAUGAGAGCCGGGUCAUUGACUUCCGCGAGACGGCACCCUCUGGCAUUCACGAGAACUUGAUGUUACAUGUUAAUCAAAGGUCAGGUCUGUUAGUGGCUGUUCCCGGCAUGAUCAGUGGACUACACCAAGCUCAUCAGCUCUAUGGAAGAAUGCUGUGGAAGGAUGUCAUCACGAUGGCUGCCGAUGUGGCGAGGACUGGAUUCAAUGUGACGCAUGAGCUGGCUGAUGCGCUGUCUGAAGUGAAGGAGCAGAAUGUGUCGGAUGCAUUCAGAGAUCUGUUCCUGCCGAACGGUCAGGCUCCACUCGCGGGACUCUUCACUAAACGCCUGGAUUUAGCUGCCGUUCUGGACAGGAUUGCAGCCAAUGGAGUCUCCGAGUUCUACAGUGGGAAUCUGACUCAGGAAAUUACAUCAGUGGUUCAAGCUAAAGAAGGUGUGCUGACAGAGGAUGACUUCAAAAACUACACCACUGUCAUACAGAAGCCACUGCAAAGUCUUUACCAGGGCUACCGGGUGUUAGUUCCUCCUCCGCCCCACGCGGGAGCCGCCCUGCUGUCCGCUCUCAACAUCCUGGAGGGAUUUAACAUCACAAACCAGGUGUCCAGGAGCAGCGUUUACCACUGGAUAGCUGAGUCUCUGAAGAUUGCUUUGUCUCAAGCCAGUGGACUGGGAGACUCCGUGUUCAAUUCAUCGGUUUCUGAGCUGGUGACGCAGAUGCUCAGUAAAGACAAGGCUGCUGUGUUCCGGCAGAUGAUCAGUGAUUCGCAGGCGUACGCGGCUGAGCACUACACGCCGUCAUACGAGCUGCAGGAGGGCGCUGUGGCCAGCCAGCUCAUGAUCAUGGGCACUGAUGACUUGAUCGUGUCUGUUAUGAGCUCUCUAAACCGACCGUUUGGAAGUCGCAUCGUGACGCCCUCUGGGAUCCUCCUAAACAGCCAGAUGCUGGACUUCUCUUGGCCCAACAAACCCCACAGCUCUGCGGCUGUCAAUCUGCAUAACAGCAUUGAGCCGGGCAAGAGGCCGGCCUCGUUCCUGACGCCGAUCGUGGUGAGGCCGUCUAUGGGGCAGUGUGGCAGCUACGUGGCGCUGGGCUCCUCUAACGGCGAGCGGGCGCUGAGCGGCAUCACGCAGGUUUUGAUCAAUGUUUUGUCAUCACGUAAUAACAUGAGCGACAGCGUGUCCUACGGCAGACUGCAUCCUCUCAUCCAGAACAACACCCUGCUGGUGGACUCUAAGUUUCUUGAGGAGGAUGUGAAGUCUCUGAUGCAGAAGGGUCAUGAUGUGCGUAAGGUGGACAUCAUCUCACUGGUCGAAGGGACCCGGAGGACCAAUGACCUGAUCAUCGGUGUGAAGGACCCACGCAGCACUGACGCCUCAGCACUGUCCAUGUCCAUGCCCUAGACUCUCACACACUCCCACUCUCUGCUGCUUGAUUCUGAUGCUGUUUGUGCACUAAAUAGGGACGCUAUGAGGUUUCCAAGUUGAUAACUAAAAUAGAUGGAUAAUGUCCGCUAGAUGGUAAUGAGCCGCUCCCUGCUAUCCACCACAAACACAAACUUUAUUUAUUUUGUUUUAAUUUACCUAAAGAUUUCAAGAACUAUGUAUGUUAUCGCACAUGACUGGAUAAGUUAAAGGAAUAGUUCACCCAAAAAUGAUAUUGCUGAAACUUUACUGAUUGAAAGUGAUGAAGAGCUGAUUUCUUCAUCAGAUCUGGAGAAAUGUAGCAUUGCAUCAGUGUCUCGGUGCUCUGCAGUGAAUGGGUGCCGUCAG